AGGAUGCUGAGACCGGUGUGAAUGGAGGCUGGAAGACGCUACUGUCUCUGGAUGGUGAUGGAGAGGAACUAAUGGUAGAAAAAGAUCUGUCGAUGUCGAGGUCCUUCACCCACACAGGCAUGCAGUGAGCCCCCCAUGUGUGUUACAGAGUGAGGGUGCACUGUGAUCGUCGCAGCGUGCCCCUGGUAAGGACCCCGUGGCAAGCGUCCGGCCGGCCCAGGCCACACCUCCCACACCCAGAACAUGUACGGCAGCGCCAGAGCGGUCGGCCACAUCGAGAGCAGCCCUGCACGGUCCCCGCGCCUGCCUAGGUCCCCCAGGCUGGGCCACCGGAGGGCCAACAGUGGGGGCGGGGGCGGUGGAGGGGGCAAGACGCUCUCCAUGGAGAACAUCCAGUCACUGAACGCUGCCUACGCCACGUCCGGGCCCAUGUACCUAAGCGACCACGAGGGAGUGGGCUCAACCGCCACCUACCCUAAGGGCACCAUGACGCUGGGGCGCGCCUCCAACCGGGCRAUGUACGGGGGCCGCGUCACGGCCAUGGGCAGCAMCCCCAACAUCGCCUCGGUGGGGCUGGGCCACCACGCUGACCUGCUGUCCUACAGCGACCUGGGCUCCCUGUCCAUGCUGCAGCACCACCACCACCACCCUCAGGGGGUGUCGUCGGCCCUGUUGCGGCAAGCUGUGAGAGGCAGUGGGGGGGAGCUCCUGGAGAUGCAGGCCACACUCCGGGACAUGCAGCGGGAGAACGACCUGCUGAGGAGAGAGCUGGACCUGAAGGACAGCAAGCUGGGCUCGUCCACCAACAGCAUCAAGAGCUUCUGGAGCCCCGAGCUGAAGAAGGAGAGGAUGAUACGCAAGGAGGAGGCGGCGCGCACCUCKGUCCUCAAGGAGCAAAUGAGGGUGACUCACGAGGAGAACCAGCACCUGCAGCUGACCAUCCAGGCCCUACAGGACGAGCUGCGGACCCAAAGGGACCUGAAUCACCUACUGCAGCAGGAGAGCGGCGGCCGCUCUGGGGACCACUACACCAACAUCGAGCUGACCGAGGAGAACUUCAGACGGCUACAGGCUGAGCACGACCGCCAGGCCAAGGAGCUGUUCCUCCUGAGGAAGACCUUGGAGGAGAUGGAGCUGCGGAUCGAGACCCAGAAGCAGACGCUGGGGGCCAGGGACGAGUCCAUCAAGAAGCUGCUGGAAAUGCUCCAGAGUAAGGGUCUGCCUGGAGGGCCAGGCAGGGUCAACGAGGAGGAGGAGCAGGAGAGAGCCAGGCGCAUUGCUGAGGCCGAGGCUCAACUUGGACAUCUGGAGGUCAUCUUGGACCAGAAGGAGAAGGAGAACAUCCACCUCCGAGAGGAACUGCACAGGAGAAACCAGAUGCACCAGGACCCUGGCAAAACCAAAGCCCUCCAGACCAUCAUAGAGAUGAAGGACACCAAGAUAGCAUCUCUGGAGCGCAACAUCAGGGACCUGGAGGAUGAGAUCCAGAUACUGAAGGCUAACGGCUUGCUGAACACCGAGGACAGAGAGGAGGAGAUCAAACAGAUGGAGGUCUACAAGAACCACUCCAAGUUCAUGAAGACCAAGAUUGACCAGCUGAAGCAGGAGCUGUCUAAGAAGGAGUCUGAGCUGCUGGCCCUGCAGACCAAGCUGGACCUGAACAACCAGAACUCGGACUGCAAACAGCACAUAGAGGUGCUCAAAGAGUCCCUCACUGCCAAGGAGCAGCGCGCCGCCAUUCUGAGACAGGGUGUGGACGCCCUGCGCCUGCGUCUGGAGGAGAAGGAGUCCUUCCUGAACAAGAAGACCAAGCAGCUGCAGGACCUGACGGAGGAGAAGGGCACGCUGGCUGGAGAGAUCCGUGACAUGAAGGACAUGCUGGAGGUCAAGGAGAGGAAGAUCAACGUCCUGCAGAAGAAGAUUGAGAAUCUGCAGGAGCAGCUGCGUGAUAAGGACAAGCAAUUGGGGAACCUGAAGGACAGGGUGAAGUCCCUACAGACUGACUCCAGUAACACUGACACGGCCCUGGCCACCCUGGAGGAGGCACUCUCUGAAAAGGAGCGUAUUAUAGAGAGACUGAAGGAGCAGAGAGCGAGGGAGGACAACGAGAGGAUGGAUGAAGUGGAGUCUUAUAAGAAGGAGAACAAGGACCUCAAGGAGAAGGUCAACACCCUGCAGCUGGAAUUAACAGAGAAGGAGUCCAGUCUCAUUGACUUAAAGGAGCACGCCUCAUCCCUGGCCUCCUCCAGCCUGAAGAAGGAAUCCAAGCUCAAGUCUCUGGAGAUCGCCAUCGAGCAGAAGAAAGAGGAGUGUAGUAAGUUGGAGACACAGUUACAGAAGCAAGCAGAGCAGCUGUUCAGUCAGAUGAACAACCCUAAGGCCCACGAGGUCCACGAGGUCCAACAGCAGCAGCAGAUGGCGGGGCUGGGCUCCAGGGGGAACCCAGACUACGUGGAGCGGGAGCGGGAACAGCGGGUCAAGCUCCUGGAGAAGGAAGUGUCCUACUACAAGGAGGAGUCUGGCAAGGCCCAGGCAGAGGUGGAGAGGCUACUAACCAUCCUCCGAGAGGUAGAGAGCGAGAAGAACGACAAGGACAAGAAGAUCGCCGAGCUGGAGAGCCUAGCUCCCAGGCAGGCCAAGGAGCAAGUUACUAAGAAGGGGGGUCCCAACCUCAAACUAGGCCCCAGGGUGACAGAAGCCUGGUCAGAUAUGGGGGAUCCUCGAAAGGACAACACCAUGGACUCAGGCCAGCAUGUAAAGCUGGAGGAGAUGAUGAAUACCCUGGAGAGGACCAGACAGGAGCUGGACGCCACCAAGCAGCGCCUCUCGUCUACCCAGCAGUCCCUGCAGGAGAGAGACGGUCACCUGACAAACAUGAGGCAGGAGCGCAGGAAACAGUUGGAGGAGAUCCUGGAAAUGAAGCAACAGGCCCUGCUGGCAGCGAUCAGUGAGAAGGACGCUAACAUCGCUCUGCUAGAGUUGUCUGCCUCUGGGAAGAAGAAGACCCAGGAAGAGGUUUUGGCUCUGAAGAGGGAGAAGGACAGACUGAUGCACCAACUCAAACAGCAGACACAGAGCAGGAUGAAGCUGAUUGCAGACAACUAUGAAGAUGACCACUACCACCCCCAUCCUCCUCACCACACCCAACCCCAGCAACGGGCACCACAUGGGCUCAGCCCCAGCCACGAAGAUAAAUCAGCACCUCGAAACACCAACAGCAGCAGCAACACCCCCAACCCUAUCGCCCCACCGCCCGCACCCCAGCCCCACACACCACAACAUUCACACCCCAGCAGCACUAACUCAGCAUGUACAUCUUUCUUCGAGCGUUGCUCAGCGAUUCAAGGUGGACUCCCAACCCCCGCGCCUGACACAACAGACACCACCACGGCUCCAGCACACAGCUCAUUGCUGCAGACUCCUACUACCACAACAACACACUACGCUCACUCAGGACAGCACCAUCCUCAUGGGCCUCUCACCACUUUUACGCAGCACCCCACUACAGCAGACCCCAACUGCACCCACACAGGCAUCCACAGCAUCAUCUCUCUACGAGCUCCCGCAGGGCCUGGAACUAUCCUCUCUGUGGUGUGGUCGUAA